CUCACGUCACCGGACUGAGUCGACUGCUGGGGGAGGCCUCCCGAAUGAUCGGGUCUUUGAGGGGAGAGGGGUAUUACUGUGAAGAUGAGAGCAGCCAGGAUGCGGAGACAGGCACGGCGGGGAGCAGGCACGCUGCCCGUUUCUCCUCGUGGCUUUCUGGACCUUGCCUGGCGAGAAUGGUGACCUCUCUGAAUAAUAUAGCACAACAGCAAGCGCUCAAGCUCCUGAAAUGGUACAGUGAGGACUGCAGUGUGCGAGAAUGGCAGGAGAGGUGCCUGUCUGCGCGGGGCACGGAGGACUUGGUGGUGCAGGAGUUGGACUUCGCCUUGGACGAGCUGCAGCUGGUCCUGGGGCUCUCAAACCGUUACUUGGCUUUCGUCGCCGCCCCUCGAGAGGAAUGCAUGGAUCUCUUCAUCCAAGUUCAGGAGCUCGCGGGGUGCUACGUAUCGAUGGAAAGCGCCUAUUGCACCUUCAACGUGGCCAAGGCGAUAGCCUGGGGGCAGCCCACCGAGGUCCAGGAGGGCGUGCUCGUGUCUACGCUCGUCGAGGACGUGCCCAUGAUCCUGAACCGCUCCAUCGAGCGUGCCACCCAAACGCUGAGCGACCAAGCGAUCUUGGCUGUCGCCAGUCGGGCCACGGAGCUCUUGAGCCCCGACUCGGUCCCCUCCUUCGCGGCAGCACUACAGGCCCUUGUGGAAGAUAGGAGCCUGACGGGGGUGGAGGCCGGUGGAGGAGCCAUGGAUCAAUUCAGCCGCGCUCUACAGCAGCAGUUAGACGAGGAAGAAGGGAACGUGACGCACGAAGCCAUGAUUUACGCCAUAAAUAGCAUGGAUUGCGCGGUCGCAGCUAUGAAAAAGAUGCAGGAUAUGCUGCUAGAGCUCGGCGUCCGAGGCUCCUGUGAAGGAGAGAGUCAACAAAGGGCAAGGGGCGGACCGCACAUGGUGGAGGCCGUGGCGCAGGAGUUCGGUCGCGUCUUAAAGCAAUAUGGCGGGUAUCUGGAGGUAUUGCUCGACGAUUUUGCGUCCCGCUACGUAUCGUCGGGCAUCUUAGACUAUCUCUCUCAAGUCGUAGGCCGUACCAACUACACCAUCGAUGCCACUACAUACGAAAAAGAGGCUGCGGGCCGGGGGGAUCCAUUCGUGACGCAGUUUCUGGACUACAUGUUUGUCAAGGACAAAGUGCUGAGGGACUGCAAGGCCGGCAUGACGGGGUCGGCACUGCUCGGGUUUGUGGAGCGCGUGGCCAUGAGCUUGUCUCCCGCCUUGAUUCAAGCGCUGGAGGAAAAAGAGUUCACCGAAUGGGGAGGCAUGAAGCUUCGGCAGCAGGUUCGACUAUUGCAAGAGCAGUUGAUGGAGCUUGUUGACGGUCAUGGGACACUCCUCCCGCAGUUCGCUCGGGUGGACCAGAUGGUGACAUUGUUGAACCUGGACAGCCCUGCUGAUGUCCAUUACCUCAUGAUGUUAAAGCCUGACAUAGUACAGCAGCCUGCGUGCGGGCUUGGGGAACACAACAGCAAAGAAGACAAGCCAAAAUCUGCAGAGGUGGUCGGUCGAUUGACGCCUGCAGAGGUAAAGCAGAUUUUGAAGCAACGUGUAGAAUUUGAUCCGCGGGCAGUGGAGUCUCUAAUUUUUAAAUAA